AGACCCAUCAGGGCUCAUCUCUCCACGCAGGGAGGGGGGAGAGCACGUAAAGCCCCACGUGCUUCGUCUCUCCAAGCUCCUCGCGCGGACUCCUGCUCUCUCGAAGCAGCCGACACGCGCGCGUAAAGCCAGACAGGUGCGUUUUUAGGAAACCCCAUCCGCGUGUUUUCACCCCGCGCACCGUGGGGACGGUCUCUGCGAAAUGCGGGCGUCGCGUUUGAGAGAAGAGGAAAGCAGCGGUCGUGUUCAGCAUCAGUCCCGCUGCGCUCCUCUCGGCUCCUGUCGGGUCAUCUAACGUCGCAGCUCCGAGGAAAUCACUGGGACUAUGUGAGCAUCAUGAUCCCUGUGAGAUGCCUGCUGUUCGCCGCAGUCUGUGCGAGGUACGCCGAGACAGCAGGUGUGGGGGAAUGGGUGAGGUUGCCCUCUGCAGAGGAGGUCGUCCAACCCAAGCGGCUCUUGCAGCAGAUCCACUCAGAGGAGGAGCUGCUGCACGGUCACCUGGACACCCGGGUCAGAAACCUGCCAGAUGGCAUUCAGCAGCCCAUUCAUUUGGCCCAGAGCAGCUUCCUGGUGGAGGCCUUUGGCACAUCCUUCACCCUUGACCUGGAACUGAACCACAACCUCCUUUCUACAGACUACGUGGAGCGUCACUUUGACAAUGGGGAGCUAUCACAAAAUACGGGCGGGGAGCAUUGCUACUACCAUGGGCGAGUGCGGGGGCUGCCUGGCUCCUGGGCUGCGAUAUCCACCUGCCAAGGCCUUCAGGGGAUGUUUUCUGACUCCAACUUCUCUUAUGGGAUUGAACCCAUCGGUAACGGAGAGCAGAAAGACCACAUCGUGUAUCGAAUGCCCGACAUCGACCUCUUCUCACUUUCCUGUCCAGGAUGCUUCAUGAACAGCACAGAGCCUGAGGGGCGAACAGAUGGUCUCUCUGAAGGAGACGGCGAGAUAAAGGAUGGAGACAACAAGUCUGAAGAAGAGAAAACUGUUUUCACCAGAGGCCAGAGGCGCUCCAAAAGACAAGUGAGGCGAGGCCAGCGCACCGUUCAGACCGAGACCAAGUACAUCGAGCUGAUGAUCGUUAAUGAUUAUGAGCUGUUUGUGCAGCUCCGCAGGUCGACGUCUCAAACGAAGAUUUUCGCCAAAUCCGUAGUGAACAUGGCCGACUUGAUCUACAAGGAGCAGCUCAACACCCGCAUCGUCCUGGUAGCCAUGGAAACCUGGUCGUCUGAGAACAGGAUCGCCGUCGGCGACGACGCCUUGCUCACCCUGAGAGACUUCAUGAAGUUCAGGAAGGAGAGCAUCAAGCAGCGCUGCGACGCCGUGCACCUCUUCUCAGGGAGGACGUUCAUGAGCAGCCGCAGCGAAGCCGCUUACAUCGGGGGGAUCUGCUCCCUGACGAGGGGCGGCGGCAUCAACGAGUUUGGCAGCGUGGGUCCGAUGGCCAUCACUCUGUGUCAGAGUCUGGGGCAGAACAUUGGCAUGCUUAGGAACAAAGAGCGAACAGCUGCAGCAGGCUGCAGAUGUCCAGAUCCAUGGCUGGGCUGCAUCAUGGAGGACACCGGCUACUACCUGCCCAGGAAGUUUUCCCGCUGCAGUAUAGAGGAGUACCUGCGCUUCCUGCAGCAGGGAGGAGGAAGCUGCCUGUUUAACAAACCCACUAAGUUGUUAGAUCCCUCAGAGUGUGGGAAUGGAUAUGUGGAGCUGGGAGAGGAAUGUGACUGUGGAUCACUGGUGGAGUGUAGUCAAAGUGGAGCCAAUUGCUGUAAGAAGUGCACUCUGACCCACAAUGCCAUGUGCAGCAACGGGUUGUGCUGCAGGGACUGCAAGUACGAGCUCAGAGGAGCGACCUGCCGCGAUGCCGUGAAUGACUGUGACAUUCCCGAAACCUGCUCAGGCGACUCCAGCCAGUGUCCUCACAACGUCCACAAACUGGACGGAUACACGUGCGAAGCUGGCCAGGGUCGGUGUUAUGGUGGCCGCUGUAAGACCAGAGAUGGCCAGUGCAGAACUCUGUGGGGUUACAACUCGGCUGACAGGUUUUGUUAUGAAAAGCUGAAUUCGGAGGGAACAGAGAAGGGGAACUGUGGGCCGAACCCUGGCGGGCAGGGAUGGGUCCAGUGCAACAAGCAAGACGUUCUGUGUGGGCUGCUGCUUUGCACCAACCUGACAGAAAGGCCCAGAUUUGGGGAACUGCAGGGAAGACUCACCAGUUUGACGAUCCAUCACCAGAACCGAUACAUGGACUGCAGAGGGGGUCACGCGGUGCUGGACGACGGUCUGGAUCUGGGCUACGUGGAUGAUGGGACGCCAUGUGGGCCAAACAUGAUGUGUCUGGAGCGCCGCUGCCUCCCUGUGCCGACCUUUAACCUCAGCUCCUGCCCCGGCUCCUCAACCUCACUCAUUUGCUCCCACCAUGGGACGUGCAGUAACGAGGUGAAGUGCAUCUGUGAUCCCGAUUACACCGGGAAGGACUGCAGCUUGUUCGACCCAAUCCCGACGCCGACCCCACUGGAGGGACCAGAGAAGUACAAAGAUCUUCAGGAGUUUAAGUUGCACCUCUCUUUUAUUCCUGCCCACUCUGAGGAGACAGAACGGAGACGUCUUCCACUUAACGAGCCGUGGGGCUUUCCGUUUUUCCAUUUCCUGCUCCGACUUUGUUGAUCUUCACUCCAGCUGAGUUUAGUCUGCAUGGAGGAAUAAAUCUGAGAACUACGGCGCUCCUUCAGCGGGUCGCCACGAGUUUCUGGGAACCGAUUUCUACCUUACAGUCUUCAUCACUUCCUGUUUCGCUAUCCUGUCUAAUGUUGUCGUUUCAGCUGUUAUUGCGCAUUAACCCUUUACGUAUUUUAAUGCUCUCAGUUCCUGGAGAGUACAACCAUCUCCUCUCUGCAGUGUAAAAACCACAAACUGUUACUGAAUGUCGGUUGUUAGGUUAGAACGGUACAUUCCACAAUAAGAGCCAUAAUUUCUCCUUUUAUGCUGCCUUGACAGGAAAUCUGAGGAACACGUUGACAACCAGAGGGACAGUUGGUUUGCACUGAAUAUAUUCUCCCUGCUGUAAAAUAAAUAAUACUUCUAUAUAAAAUAUGUCUACGUGUGUGCAGGCAUAUGGGAAAGUUUGGGAACACCUCCUCAUUUUGGCUUUUAAAGUUGCAACUUGCUUAUAAAGGAAAGCUAAUAAUGGUGACAUGUUUAUUGGAGUUUCAGAUAUUAUGCUUUCUUCGUAAGAUGGUGUCACACAACCGCCAGGGGCCAUAUUGGCAGGAGAAAACUACACAGACUGUACACAAAGUAGCUGACUAGUCUGCAGUUUUCCAGUUUUGCAACAUGAUGGAUUCAUGUUGUGAUUCACGAGCCACUGAGGGAAAGUUAAAGACAGAAGCUUUUAUCGCAUCCCUAAAGUACGACGGCACAUUAGGGCCAAUAGGAAACAAAAAGGAGUUCAGUUUGACCAAAAAGCUCAAAAAAAAUUUUAAUUAGUGUCAGAAAGUUUCUAGAAAAAAAAAAAAGUGGAAAUUUCAGAGUUUCAAAAGUUGAAAA